AUGACUUCGGGUCUUUAUCCUCGCCCUGAAGGGGUCCACGCAAUUCCAGUCGAACUUUUGGAUUUGCGACCAGACUCGGCAAUAGAUUAUGAUCUUCUGCACCCAAAGCCAAUUUCAAGUGAGAAAAAUGUAUGGUUUUUCUGGCAUAGUGGUUUCCAACAUAUGCAUCAUUACGCUCAACGUAAUAUUCGUGCCUGGCACCGGCGGUUGUCAAAACAAGGUUGGACAAUCCGUGGACUCGAUCGUCAACCAUCUUCACCUCUCAACGUGGCGAACUUCCUCAAUACCAGCGAUCUCAGCAUCUUCCCCCGAGCUUUCGUAGACGGUACGAUUGAAGGUGACUACAGCCCCCAACACAUCUCUGACCUCGUCCGAUUUCCCCUCCUGCUCAAGUACGGCGGUGUGUAUGCCGAUGUAGGAAUGAUGCAAAUCGGUGACUUGGAACGUUUGUGGCGAGAAACCAUCGACGAUGAUGCUUCGCCAUUCGAGAUUCUGUCCUAUAAUGCAGGGACCGUUACAGAGCGCCGCCUCACGAAUUACUUCCUGGCUUCUAAACGAAACAACCCUAUGGUUGAGCGAUGGCACAAGCUAUUGCUGGCAUUAUGGGCUGCAGAUGGUGGUAAGACGAGCACCGAGAGAAUGCACUCCAGUCCUCUGUUGAAGGGGGUCGAAUUAAUGGGGGGCUCAUUCACCAUUGAGGAAGACGGGGAAACGAUUUCAGCUGAGGAAUGCAGCAAGCUAUUGACAGAUUACAUCAUCCAGGGACAAGCAAUGACGAUGGUAAUGGGACUAAUUGAUGAAGAGGACCAAUGGGAUGGGCCAAAAUAUUCCGCUGAGCAUGUAUAUGCCAUCGAAUACAUGGAAGGCUCUCAGCUUAUCAACGAGCUUACGGCUUGGGAUGGGCAGAAGGCAUUUAAUCUAAUGUCACUCUCAAUCCCUCGUGACGGUGAGGUAGAGACUCCAGAGCAAGGGGAGGCAAGAGCAAUUGUGGAGGCAUGUUUGGAGAGAAGUUUUGGUUUCAAACUAGCUCAUGGUCUUAUUUUACGUGUGUUCGGAGAGACGUUGGGGUCGCUGUGGAGGAAGCAUGACGGGUCAGAUAUAAUACCUGGAACGUAUGCGGAUUGGUUAAGAUAUGGGAUGAUAUAUUGGACGCAAGACAGACUUCCAUCUAGGAUGAAUUUUCGGAUCAUUGAACCAAUUAAAAGAGGAUUAUUACUAGAUGACAAUUAA